GUGUUCACCCUGGCUGGUACCCUGCCCAGCUCCACACCCUGCCGACCACGCCUGUCGCUGUGUAAGCAACACCGUGUUCGCCCUGACUGGUACCCUGCCAAGCUCCACACCCUGCCGACCACGCCUGUCGCUGUAUAAGCAUCACCGUGUUCACCCUGACUGGUACCCUGCCCAGUUCCACACCCUGCCGACCACGCCUGUCUGUGUAUAAGCAUCACAGUGUUCACCCUGACUGGUACCCUGCCCAGCUCCACACCCUGCCGACCACGCCUGUCGGUGUAUAAGCAUCACAGUGUUCGCCCUGACUGGUACCCUGCCCAGCUCCACACCCUGCCGACCACGCCUGUCGGUGUAUAAGCAUCACAGUGUUCACCCUGACUGGUACCCUGCCAAUACAGCCCUCCUUCAAUCCCGGGAGACAUCUGGGUACUCCGUGCUAUGGAGACAAAGGCUUAGACAAAAAUACACUUUGAUUAGGAUAUUUGAGAGACAUAAGAUUGUGGCACCGUGAUUACCAACAAGGAGAUUUCCAUAUAUCACUCAAGAGGAUGCAGAUGAUAUCACACACUAUCGUCUCUACACCCACUCAAACACAUCAGCCACAGUCACGAAUGAUGGCUGAACGUGGUCUAGGAAGAGGAAGACAUGACCGAAAUGUGAAAAAGAAAACUAAAAAAUGCAGACCGAACUUAAGGGAAACGGAUUUUGUGAUUAUAAUUGUUAUGCCUAGCAAGAUUUGGACUCAUUCGUGUUCAUCUAACGGAAAACCAGACAAAGAAAUGCCUGUUUUUACAGAACGUUGUGGUUCUAAAUCUACGUUGAAUACGCUUCCACCCUGUCUCCAAAAGGUCUAUGAUGAAGACUUGGCGAGACAUGUGAUAAAUGAAACUUGGCACACAUCAAAUGCAACAUCCUGCAGGCACAGAAGAAAGAAAAUACUUUUGGACCAAGUUAAUUCGUUUUUCGACGACCUCUACGAAUCGGCAAUAUGUAUUUCCAAGGAGACACGCCCCUUUUGGUUAGAUUACCACACUGAUAGUUUCGUGACAUCUCAGUUGACGGUAAAUAUGCUUCACUCUUCCACACCCUACAUCCAGCCUGGUCCACACAAACCCGUGCAGGCUGCACGCUCUAGGGUGGAUAACAUGGACAUGAGCAGUGAACUCGUAAGGUAUGGAACAUUCCACACCUGGUCCCACCUGGCCGCCUGGCCAAACAGGUUAGCUGCGGCCGGCUUCUACUACCGUAACCAGGGAGACGAAGUCGUCUGCUUCAGCUGUGGUUGCACGUGUAGUGGUUGGCAGCCGGGGAUGGAACCUAUGGUCGUCCACAGAAGACAGUCCCCGUCAUGCAUGUUCGUCAAUGGACAGGCUGGGAAUAUCCCGGUCAUAGCAAGCCCAGAAGCUAGGAACCACUUGAUACAGGUCAGCGGAAGUGAAUCACGUCACACACCUCCAACACAGCAGUCGCAACCACGACACCCACGAACAAAUGCAGUUGCUGCUCCUGCUGGGUUUCUGUCCUUGCCCCCACCUUUCAGACGACCAGACUCAACUGCUGGUCCACAAUCACUCGCACCUGCCCAAAUGUCAGUUCCAGGAGUUAUUGCGCCACAACCCCAGGUCCUGACACCAAUACUACAGACUACUCAACCAACUGAAACAGUCCAUGACAGCAAUCUGGGUAUAAGCACUGACCGACCAAAGAAUCCCACGUACGCCGUCACCUCCGCCAGGGUCAAAUCCUACGUAACUUGGCCUCAUUCAAGUCCUACGCCCGUCGACCUUGCCGAAGCAGGGUUCUUUUACAAUGGUCAAGGAGACAGCGUCCGGUGUUUUUUCUGUGGAACUGGUCUUCGGAAUUGGGACAGCGGAGACAAUGCUUGGGUGGAGCAUGCCCGCUGGUCUCCCCAGUGUGUGUACCUCGUCCAGCACCAAGGUCGGGACUUCGUGGACCUAGUGCAGAGUCUGUCGUCAGGCGGCAACCAGGUGGAAUACAGCCAGGUUCAGGACAUUCUCCGGGACAUGCGCCCCAAAGCCGCCCUCGUGCCACAGAAAGGGGCAGUUGGCGUGGCACCAGCGCCUCACGUCUCGACAGAAGCAGCAGGGGGCGCCUCAAGUGAUCAACACGAAGAUGACUCUCUGGUGGAGGAGAACGAAAGGUUGAAGCAGCAGACGAUGUGUAAAAUCUGCCUGGACAAGGAAGUCAGCAUCGUCUUCCUGCCGUGCGGUCAUCUUGUCUGCUGUGUGGAAUGUGCCCCUGCUCUCAGAAAGUGCCCCAUGUGCCGUGCAAACAUCAGGGGCACCGUCAAAGCCUUCAUGAGUUAGAGCCAUGCCUUCCGUGCUCUUCGACAUUAAACAUACUGCUGUGAUAACCAUAAUGAAUACACGUUCACUGAUAUAUAAUUAGGCUAGAAGAAAUAUCAUCUCCCAUGUGUAUGAUGAUGCUUGUAUAGGACUGUGCUCCAAUUCCCAUCAUAAUUCUCCUGUUAUAGGUAUACACCAAUAUAUUAUUGGCAACCUCAUUCUCACGUCAUUCGAUGUUUUGAAAUGUGUUUUUGUAAGAAAUCUAUAAGAGAUGAACUUCACUGCGUAUUGCUAUUCGUAAAAUAAUCAUAUGUUAAUGCCAUCACGUCACGCUAUAUUCAGUAUUUGAUUAGAAUGUGCCAGUACCUAAAAUAUAAGGUCAAUGUCGAGAGCCUGCCAUAACUAUCUUGUUACUUUUUAAAACUUGUUCACUUGACCGUAAACUUUUAACAAUUCAUCGAAUUAGGCAUCAAGUAAAAUUUACCAAUGCAUCAAGUAUGGAUUAAAUUUACCUUCGUCCUUCACCAAACCGAUCACAAUCCAUUGAAGUCUAACAUCGUAUCUUUGACAUAUUUUACCAAAAAAAGUUUUCUAAAUUAUGUUAAUAAAAUACAAUAAAAAAAUCGUUUCCUGAAAAUGUGGUUAUCUAGACUUGCCUAUAUUCCAGACUUGCACGGGCUGCCAUGGGUAUAUGACAGACUAAAUCCAUUGAUGUACACUUGUUCUUUACCUUUGUGAAAUUGUGACAGCUUCCUAUUUCAGUCCGCCAUAUAGCUGGAAUAGUGCUGAGUGUGGUGUAAACUAACCUCACUCACUCCUAUUUCAGUGACGCCCACAGUCUUGUCUCUGUGUCAGUCAGCCUAUGCCGCAAUGAGGCUACCACUGUUGGCUCAGAUUAAUAUUUUUCAUUAUGAUGUUAUGUAAUAUUAUGAAUUAUGUUCUGAGGAACCCAGAAGGUUAUGCUAUGUCAAAUCCUGUUUAAGGUUGCUGUUAAUGCCGACAACAGGAACUCUGUAUAUAUCGUUCUUGCAUCAGAAUUCACUCAAUUACUUGCUUGUCUUCACAAUGCAUGCAAUGAUCCAAAGAUGUUUACCUUGUCAAUUUUAUACAUGUAUAUAUAUGUACCUCCGACAACACACCUACUCCAGCUUGACGACGGAGUGACUAUCUGUGUACACAGUUGGUAGAAGCUGUGCCUGGCAUUGUCAUCCAUGAAGAUGUGGGACAACAGCCCUCUCAAGGAUCUCCUGUUCAUACCCAGGCCCAUUAAGGUUACCUUGAAUUAUAAGGUCCAUCUUCCAACCCAAGGAAAAGCAUCCCCACACCAUGAUUUAGCCUUCCUCGAAGGGAACCGCCCAUCUAACCAUGUAACGUUGUCACAACGUUAUGUUUUCGUUGUGGAAACGUUAUGAAAUUACGUCUGCACAAUACACAACGUUAUUCUGUGAACUCCCAAUUAUGUUGUCACAAAGUUAUGACGUGAUUUUCACGUCGUCACAAUGCUAUGGGAACGUUUAUAAGUACGUUCUGAUAAAUUUAACGUUGUAUUUUACGUUCGGGAACGUAAUGAUAGUACGUCCAUAAAACGUUAUUCUGUGGAGACCCGUGAAGAUGGGUCUCCCCUACCCGAUGCUUGUCGUAAAAGGCGACUAACGGGAUUGAGUGGUCAGACUCGCUGACUUGGUUGACACAUGUCAUUGGUUCCCUCAUUGCGUAGAUCGAUGCCCAUGCUGCUGUAUAGCUGUAAUAUCGCUGUGUGCGGCGUAAAACUAAACUCACUCACUAUUCUGUGGACUCCUUUUUAUGUUGUCACAACGUUUUGGCCUGACGUUGUAAUGACCCAGAUAGCAUCCUGACGUUGGCCAACGAUGUUUAAAUUGCACGAAAUUCCUUAUAACUAGAUGUCUUGGAUUCUUUUUGCGUUCGUGUUUAAAUCAACCUUUGAAACCAAUUUACUGUAUAGGCCACAUGCUCUAACGCACGACUCUGUUAUAUGUCUUGUUACCGCAAUGGCUGUGUUAUGUAUUGCAGUAUUACGCUGAACACAGGCACUUCCUUGUCUACAUUUGUUUUUCUGAUUAAAUACGAAUUUUGUGAAACAUAUUCAUAAGAAUUUUUUGAUUAUUAUUUUGAAUUUAAGGAUAUGUAAACGUAGAAAUCAGUGUGCACAGUAAAGGGAUUAACAGAAUACAGAUACGGAAUUAACGUGCCUGGAUAAACACAAA